UGGGUGUUAUUAGCUGGUUAUUAAAAGGCCGACGAGGAUUUCCAGGCACCGGCAUUUGUUUUAAAAACAACGUCCACCAGCUGAGGCGUUUGUAUCAGUGGGCCAGGCGACAUGAGGUUCCUAGUGGGCUUCUGCUUGGCGUUGACGCUUUGCAUAAAGGGGUCGCAAGGAGCUUGCGGCGACCGACCGAACAGGUUGCUGGCAGCAGAGGACGUUUGCUGGUCCAGCAAGGUCGAGAUAGUGGAGAGGAUCCAACACACCACAAAGACGGUUCUGAAUUUCGCGAAAAAAAAGUUGGGGUUGGACGUGGAUGAGAAGCCGCAAAAGUGCGAGUAUUACCAGUGCAUAUUCCAGGAAAUGAAGCUGAUGAAAGCAAACAAUAUGCCUGACUACGAACUAAUUGUGAAGUGGAUAGACAACAAUAUCAUCUACAACCAGGCCAAGCAGUUAUAUGAUCGCCUCACGCUCUGCAACGAAGCUUUAGCUAACGCUAUUGGGUCGGAUUUGCCUUUUGAUGGAACCUUGGAAACUUCAACAUUAGCAGAGCAAACAAAACAGCAAUCUGAUUGUGAAACUUCACUGCAAUUUCUGAAAUGCCUUUCAUUGGCGCAAACCGAGUGUCCAAUAUUCCAAUUUCCAUAGGUUUGAGGUAAGAAGUAUAUUAUAUAAAAACAACCCUGUAAUUUUAUAACACUUAAAUAUAUUUCUUAUGACAAU